AUGGAUUUCGCUGUGGGAUUGUAUCUGCUUUUGGCGGUGUUGGACUAUGGGAGCAGCUCACUGGGUGGCAUCCUCUACCGUGUUCGUGAAGAGCAGCCUCCAAGCACAGUGAUUGGCAGCCUGGCGGCUGACCAGGGCUUACCUGACUCGGGACAUCUAUACAAGCUGGAGGUGGGCACCCCUUACUUGAGGGUGGAUGGAAAAACAGGAGAAAUAUUCACCACUGAGACCCCCAUAGACAGAGAAACGCUGAAGGAUUGUCGAAUAAAAGGAAAGCCCUGCUUUCUGGAGUUCGAGGUGUCAGUCACAGACCUAAUCCAGAACCAAAGUCCACGACUGAUUGAGGGACGGAUCGAGGUGCUGGACAUUAAUGAUAACACCCCACAGUUCCCCUCACCUGUGCUUACUCUUUCUGUUCAGGAGAACACUCACAUGGGAGCCACCUUUUCCAUCCCACUGGCCACUGACAAAGACACAGAGCGUAAUGGAGUAGCUGAUUAUACUCUCUCUGCUGGACCAGAGGCUGUUUCACUUUUUGGCCUGCAAGUGGCAGAUGACAGGGGUGAGAAAUUGCCUCAGCUCAUUGUGAUGGGAAACCUGGACAGAGAGUUGAAGGAUUCCUACGACCUUACUAUUAAAGUAGUGGACGGGGGAAGCCCACCACGCUACAGUAGUGCCUUGCUGAGAAUUGUCGUCACGGAUGCCAAUGACAAUGCUCCCAAGUUUGAGAAAUCCUCCUAUGAAGCGGAAGUUUCAGAGAACAGCCCAGUUGGACACUCAGUAUUGCAGGUCAAAGCUAAUGACUCAGAUCUGGGUCCAAAUGGUGAGAUUGAAUACACUAUACACCAGGCCAGUGAUCCAGUCCCAAAGUUACUUCAGAUUGACCGUUCCACUGGCAUCAUAUACGUCAAAGGCCCAUUGGAUCGUGAAGAGAUAAACAGUCUAAAAUUCCAUGUAAUUGCCCGGGACAAAGGUCCUUCACCUAAAAGUUCCUCUACUUACGUUUCUGUUGAUGUAACUGACCAGAAUGACAAUGCACCAGCUGUGGAGAUCCGUGGUAUUGGUCUUAGGACUCAUAGCGACGGAGUGGCAAACAUCUCUGAAGAUAUGCCAGUGGGCACAGCCGUGGCGCUGGUGCAAGUUUCAGAUAAGGAUGAAGGAGAAAAUGCAGUGGUGACUUGUGUGGUAGCUGGGGAUGUUCCAUUCCAGCUCCGACCAGCUGGUGAUUCCUUUGUGGAUAACAAAAAGAAGUACUUUUUACAAACCACCACACCUCUAGACUAUGAACGAGUCAGGGACUAUCGGGUAGAAAUUGUCGCUGUGGACUCAGGCAACCCAGCUUUGUCCAGCACCAACUCUUUGAAAGUCCAAGUCACUGACAUUAAUGACAAUUCUCCCAUAUUCUCACUGCCUGUGUUUGAAGUAGAGUUUGCUGAAGAAAACCAGCCAGGAGAAAAGGUUAUUGAUGUUAUUGCUUUAGAUGCAGACAGUGGAACCAAUGCAGAACUCAUUUACAGCAUUGUUGCAGACUCCUCAACAAGGGGACUUUUUGAGAUUGACGCAAACACAGGAGAAGUAAGAGCAAGAAGCCCACUUGACCGUGAGCACAAGGAACGUUAUGAGUUUCGUGUCACUGCAGCAGACAAGGGUGUUCCUAGCCACAGAGGAACAGCAACAGUUGUUAUAAAGGUGCUGGAUCGAAACGACAAUGACCCCAAGUUCAUGCUUAGUACCUACAGCUUCUCAGUACUGGAGAACAUGCCACCACUUAGCCCUGUUGGCAUGGUGACUGUAUUAGAUAUGGAUAAAGGUGAAAAUUCUCAAGUCCAGCUCUCUGUGGAACCAAAUGUUGGAAAAUUUGUAGUUCAGAAUGGCACAGGAACUAUCUUGUCCAGUAUAUCCUUUGACCGGGAGAAAGAAAGUAGCUACACUUUCCGACUUAAAGCAGUGGAUGGAGGGGACCCGCCUAGGUCAUCUUAUGUUGGUGUGACCAUCAAUGUUCUCGACGAGAAUGACAAUGCACCUGUAGUAACAAAGCCUUCCAAUUCAUCUUUCACACGUCUGUCCCCCCUGGCAUCACCUGACAGUGUUGUUGAGGUGGUAGAGGCUGAGGAUAUGGACUCUGGUGCCAAUGCUGAACUGGUCUAUAGUAUAGCUGGUGGAAACCCUCAUGAGCUCUUCUACAUCUCUCCAUCUGAUGGAAAGAUCAAACUAACCAAGGAGCUGACUCGAAAACAUGGGGGACUGCAUCGAUUAGUUGUGAAAGUGAGCGAUAGAGGCAAACCUUCCCGCCAUGCAACUGCCUUGGUGCACAUUUAUGUUAAUGAGACCAUUUCAAACGUCAGCCUAGUGGAGGGUCUAGUGGGACAUAGUUUAUACACUCCACUAGACACGGACAUUGCAGGUGACCCUGACUAUGGUCUAGCUGCUCAAAGAAGCAACAUUGUGUAUGGUAGUUUAGCUGGCAUGGCAGGGGUUGUUACAGUAAUUAUAGCAGUAGUUUUCAUCAGACAUCACCUACAGAGGGAAACCAAAAGUGGCUAUCAAGCUGGGAAAAAAGAGACCAAAGAUCUGUAUGCUCCCAAACAAGGGCCAAAGUGCAUUAAGAGCAAAAAGGGGAGAAAAGGAAAGCCUCAAAAGUCACCUAAACCUCUUGGAGAAGAUGAAGAGGUUAGUCUUCAAAAGAGUCUAAAAUUUAACAUUGACGGGGUUAAUGAUAGCCCCAGGAUCCACCUGCCUUUGACCUACCCACCUGGCAGCCCUGACUUGGGCAGGCAUUAUCGCUCAAAUUCACCCCUGCCUUCCAUUCAACUUCAGGCCCAGUCUCCAUCUGCUUCCCAGAAGCAUCAAGCAGUCCAGGAGCUUCCUGCCACCAAUACAUUCGUGGGAACAGAAAGAGAUGACAACUCUACUGGAUCUGACCAAUACUCGGAUUACAGCUACAAAACCAGUCAGCCAAAAUACAGCACAAAAUCGCUGCCUCAUCGCAGAGUGACGUUCUCCACAGCCAAUCCGGUCCAGGAUGCCCAGGAUUCAUCUCAGCAGAGCUACUAUGAUAGUGGCCUUGAGGAGUCGGAGACACCCAGCAGCAAGAGCUCUUCGGGACCCCGUCUUGGCCCACUGGCCCUGCCCGAGGAACACUACGAGAGGACCACCCCGGACGGCAGCAUUGGAGAGAUGGAGCACCCUGAGAAUGACGUUCGCUCGCUGCCAGACGUUGCCAUGACGGGAACCUGCAGUCCGGAGUGUAGCGAGCUCGGCCACUCGGAUGCCUGCUGGAUGCCCGGACAGCCUUCGCCUGCUCGCAAGACACGCACCCUGCCCAAACUCUCCACCUUCGUGCCUUACCAGGAGAGAGGGACCCUGGGACGGCUUGCGAACGGCGAGCCCCGGCCCCGCCUUCCGCCUUCCCGCAGUGCCUACGUCCCCAACGACCACUCCCCUAACGACCAUGUCCCGGUGGAGGAGGUUCCUUUGAGCGUCACAUCCGAGUUCCCACCCACCAGCUCCACCUCCAAUCACGCCCCUAAACGCGAGAUAUACCUGUGAGCAAAGCACCAUUGUUGAAAAUAAAUUGCAGUGAGAUGCGCGGAGCAGAAAUGCGAGGAAGCGCGGAGUGAAUGAGAAUAGCGAAUCAGGCUGUUCGUGGACUUGUGGUAGAGUGUAUUUAUAUGUCUAUUUAUUUAUUUGCUCAUAAAUGCAUAAAUUUGUCUAUUUAUUAUUUUACUCUUUUCACUGAUAAAACAGCUUGAACACUGAAUGACUUAGCUUCUUUAGCCUGUGGAAUGUUUACUGGAUCUUUUCGGACAGUGUGACCUGAGCUGUAGUGCCAUAACAAGCCUGAAGCACCUGCUCGGCUUCUUCUAGAGUUUUCUGGAUCGGAUCCUUGUCCGAACGGAGCAGCAUUAGUACCUGUAUAGCCGUGUAAAUACAUUUCUAUGGUGUGUAUAUAUGAGUAUUGCAACCAGGUUCGAGCUGGGAUCAAAAAAAGAAAUAUAUAUCUAUUAAAAAUGCUACAUUCCGAACAAAUCAGCCUGAACACAGGUGGUAUUGAUGGUACAAGUGGUGCUAAUGGCUAGAGAUUCACACGCAGCUCCACACUCUGGACAGUGUGCCGUUACGAACUUGUAUCUGGCACGACCAGCGCUCUGUUCUAUAGCUUACCUUGUGUGUGUACGAAACCUAACUGAUGUGUUUGGCACUGUGAACCCUAAACUCCACCCAGCAGGUAAAGCUUUUGGAACACAGCUUCCUGUGAAGCUACAACGGCUUUUCUUUUUUGGGAGAAAAAAAUCUGCACUGAGCCUUGACAUUAGCAAUUCUCUGUGUCAGGAAUUGAUGGACAGUCGGAGUGACCGCCCAGUCUGACUGAGCUGAAACAUCUUCACAUUUUCACAAGCUUCUCUUUCAACGUUUCUACUCAUCAUCAUCUAU